AUGACUGUCCCGCUCACACCCGCCCAGCCUGCUGGAUUGACCGUCCAGCCCGUCGACUACGCGCCUUCGGUCGGCAAGCGACUGCGCCAGGAGCAAUUCGGGGUCGCCGUCUCAGGCAUCAAGGACAUCAACAACUUGACGGACGAGGAGUUUGCGACCAUUGAAGAACUACUCUACAAGCACAGCGUCGUCGUCUUUGAGAACGUCGACCUGAACCCCGACGGCCAGUUCCGCCUCACGCGCCAGUUCGACCCGCAAGCUCACGAGUACGGGCACGGAGCGAAGGGUCGUCCCGACAACAAGAGCAUCUUGCACCCCGACUUGCGAACCAUUCCCGGCACGCCUGUCCAGCUCAUCGGGAACGGCUUGGUGACGGAUGAGCACGUCCUUCAAGGCUUGAAGAGCCCGACGCAGCUCAAGCACCCGUCGCACGAGACGUUCCACAAGACGCAGCUCUCGGCCGAAGAGUCGGAGAAGGGCUACACACGCUUCUACCGCUGGCACAUCGACGCAGCCUUGUACGAACGCGACCCACCGAAGGUCACGACGCUUUACGGCCUGCAGAUGCCGCUCGGAAAGGGCAACAUCGUCCGCUACGACGACGGUACGGGUGACGAGCUGGAGGUCCCGCUCGGUGGUACAGCCUUCGUCUCCGGCAAAGUCAUGUUCGACAUCCUCCCCGCCGAGUACAAGUCGCUCGCCGUCCGAGCCCUCGUCAAGUACUUCCCGCACCCCUACGUCGCGAUCGGAACGGCGAAGAGUCGCUCGACUGGGCUUGGGAUGGAGACCGACGGCCUGGAGGUCCCGCUCGACGAGCUGCCGCCUUGGGAGGAGAAGCACGUCAAGACCUUCCCCGUCUGCUGGAAGAACCCUGUCACCGGCAAUCUGCAUCUCCAAGUGCACCCUAGCGGCAUCAAGGAGAUCAUUAUUGACCCUCUCCCUUCUACCACCGCCCGCUCGCCCUCGACUCUCUGCCCCGACGGCGCCCACUUGACUGACCUCAAGGAGGUGCGAGAUCUGAUGUACAAGAUGCAGCGGCCGGGUAUCGCGCCCGAGUUGGUCUACGUCGUCGACUGGAAGCCCAAGACGCUCGCGCUGUUCCACAACCGGGGCGUGCUGCACUCGAUCACGGGAGCGUUUCAGCCGGACGAGGUUCGCGCCUUCUGGCAGAACAACCUCGCAAGCACCGAUAUCCCCCUCGGUCCGUCCGCCGAAGACGUCCUCCGCUACGCCUGA